GCGCGCUGGGGGCUGCCGGGCGGACCGCGAUGCUGAAGGCCAAGAUCCUCUUCGUGGGGCCCUGUGAGAGUGGAAAAACCGUUUUGGCCAACUUUCUGACGGAAUCUUCUGACAUCACUGAAUACAACCCCACACAGGGAGUAAGGAUCCUAGAAUUUGAGAACCCACAUGUUACCAGCAACAACAAAAGCGCGAGGUGUGAGUUCGAGCUCUGGGACUGUGGCGGUGAUUCUAAGUUCGAGUCCUGCUGGCCGGCCCUGAUGAAGGACGCCCACGGGGUGGUGAUUGUCUUCAACGCUGACAUGCCAAGCCACCUGAAGGAGAUCGAGAUGUGGUACUCCUGCUUCGUCCACCAACAGCUCCUACAGGAUACCCAGUGCCUGCUGAUUGCACAUCACAAACCAGGCUCGGGAGGAGACACGGGGAGCCCGUCUUUGUCGCCACCCUUGAGCAAGCUGAAGCUGGUGCACUCCAAUCUUGAGGAGGACCCUGAGGAGAUCCGAAUGGAAUUCACAAAGUAUUUAAAAAGCGUCGUCAACUCAGUGUCUGAGAGCAGAGACAGGGAGGAGAUGUUGAUUAUUACCUAGCCGCCUCGCCUGGGACCUCCAUCUCCCAAAUGACAUCAGCUGCUUCCUCGUCCAGAACUCAAACUUUAUCCAGCUACUGAUACUCUCUUCUCCUUGUGACUAGAGAAGAAAUUUUCCUCGUCUGCUACAAGGUACCAUUCAGCCAGAAUUGACUCAGAACAUCCAUCCUCCAUCCUUAGGUCAGUGGGGAAAAUUCUAUGUCUGAAUUCUGCUUCCCUAGCCCCAGACCUUUCCAAAGAGCUGGAAAAUUAAACUGGGAAACUUCACAUAUGUAAAGUUAUAAAAACUGUGGAAUUGUAACUGUCACAGUUUCGUCCAUGUGUCUCAGUUCAAUUGUGAUUUUUAUUCCUUGAUUCACUCAACAGAUUCCAACUAGCUGAGCAUCUACUAUGUGUGAGGUGCUAUUCUGGCUGCUGCUGAAGUACAGCAUGAUAGAGCACAAAAUUCCUUGCCCUUGUGGAGGUUAAAUUCGAUUUUUCUAAACACGUAGAUCAAAAACAUAAGUACUACAUUUUAGAUAGGAAGGGAAAAAAAGGCAGACUCUUUAUUUUCUGUAGUGGGUAUUAAUUUCACAGGCUCCCACCCCAUAGCUAAUGAGAGGACCUGGGUUACUUACGAUGUCAAACAGGGGUGUGGUUGUCUUUGAUCGUGGGUUCUGUAUUCCAGAAUUCCCCUGUUCAUUAAAAUUUAUUUGCAACCCCUAAAUCAAAACUUGUGAUGCUCUCUCCAUUGUUUGGGACACACAUAAUGUGGCCUAAAAUUUGAAUCGCUGCAGCACACGACUGUUCCCAGCUGAGGUUACUCCAGGGUUCAAGGGACACUGCUGCUCUCUUCUCUUGGCUCUCGUAAUGUGUCCUUUUCGUGGUCGAUGUAGGGCCAUGUUCUCACAAUUUUCGAGCUUUUUGUUGGUGAUUUCACUUUUGAAAUGGCCCCAAGCUUAGUGCUAAAGUGUCAUCUAGUGUUCCUAGAUUCAGGAAAGCUGUGGCGUUUCUCAGGGAGAGAACACGUGGGUUAGACAGUCCCUUUAGCAUGAGUUACAGUGCUGUUGAAUUCAAUGUUAACGAACCAACAAUAUGUUAAAUAAAGUAUCUUUAAAACACACAUAAAUCAGAUUACAUAUCAAUCAACUGCUGAAACUAUUGCGGCAGAGGUUUGCAGGGACCUGAUCCUGUGCUUCCCCUGAGAGCAGUGUUCAGGAUUCACUGGAUCAGCAUGCUUGGCGACUUCCUAGAACAAACUACAUGAAUCACAAGAAUCAACUGUCUCCAUCUCCUGCAAUGUCAAGGCUCCUGUCAUGCUUCUGGAAGCCAGAAGUCCAAAAUCAGUAUCACUGAAUCCAAAUCAAGGUGCCACUGAGACCACACUCCCUCUCGAUUCUUAGGGGAGAUCUGUGUCUUGCAGCUUCUGGUGUCUGCUGUCAUUCUUUGGUUUGUGGCUACUUAGUUCUGGUUUCAAGGCCAGCACCUUCAAACCUCUUCACACUCCGCCUCCACUUUGCCUUCUCUGUGCAUCUUUCAAGUUGGCCUCAUGAGGACAUUUAUCAUUGCAUUUAGGGGCCACCCACAUGAUCCAGGAUAAUCUCAUCUCAUGAUCCCUGACCUAAUCACAUCUGCAAAGAUCCUUUUUCCAAACAAAGAAACAUUUCAAGGAUUAAGACCUGAUAUCUUCAGGGGUAUUAUUCAGCCUAUUCUGAAAAUGACAAAUGAUUAGUCCAAGAUGACCCAGCAAGUCAGGGACAGAGAAAUGUGGAUGUGUAACCGAUGUGAUUCUGCAAUCUGUAU